UUCAGUCAAUAUGAUGGACAUGUUUGCUUAUGAGCCAAACUGCUUGUUUUGAAAUUAUAGGAUAAUAUUAUUUAAUAAAAUAUAUAGGUUAACGUUUUAAAAAUUUUGAAAUUAAGUAAAGAUGCCUAAAGAGCAGUACCGAGAGACUUAUGUCGGCAGAAAAAUUUCCCAUGUUACUUUUAAUGUGGAUAGUGCAACGGAAAUCCAGCAAGCAGCUCAUAUUCAAGUGAUAACAAAGAACUUGUAUGCUCAGGAUGGACAGAGAGUACCAGCUAGCUAUGGAGUGCUGGACAGACGCAUGGGGACAAACCAGAAAGAUGCCAACUGUGAAACAUGUGGUUUAGGUCUAGCUGAGUGUGUUGGUCACUAUGGCUAUGUGGAACUAGCUCUACCGGUGUUCCAUGUCGGAUACUUCAGAUCUAUUAUAACUAUACUCCAGACUAUUUGUAAGAACUGUGCCAAAGUAAUGCUUCCGGAUACAAUCAAGAAAUCGUUCAGUCGUAAAUUCAUGCACCCAGAUUUAACCUACCUGCAUAAAAAGAAUCUACGGGCAGCCGUUUUAAAGAAAGCCAAGACAUGCACAAAAUGCCCGUACUGUGAAUCCCUAAAUGGCAUCGUAAAGAAGAGUCCAGCGGGAAUAUUGAAAAUUAUCCACGAUAAGUACAGAACAAAGAAACCCACAGACCCAGCGGUUCAAAAGGUGUUGAAAGAUUUCAACGAGGCCAAGGAAUCUAAUAAGGAACUGGCGUCCAUGAUUAACAGCGGGUUGAUUAUAGAAAUGAGCCCAUUAGAAGUCUUAAACCUAUUCCGUCGUAUCCCAGAUGAGGACGUCCCCCUGUUGGGUAUGGAUGUGAAGACUUCCAGGCCGGAGGAUCUUAUCCUGACUCGCCUGCCCGUGCCCCCUCUUUGCAUCAGACCCAGCGUCGCUUCUGAUAUAAAAGCCGGCACUAACGAGGAUGACCUCACGAUGAAGCAGUCCGAGAUCCUGUUGAUCAACGACGUGAUCGCGCGCCACGUGGCCAGCGGAGGGAAGAGCGAGCUGGUGCAGGAGGACUGGGACUACCUGCAGCUGCACGCGGCGCUCUACAUCAACAGCGAGAUGUCCGGCAUACCACUGUCCAUGCAGCCCAAAAAACCGGGUCGUGGUCUGGUUCAAAGGCUGAAAGGCAAGCAAGGUCGCUUCCGUGGGAAUCUAUCAGGAAAGAGAGUGGAUUUUUCAAGCAGAACUGUCAUCUCACCGGAUCCCAACCUGCAGAUACAGGAGGUGGGUGUUCCUGUGCAUGUGGCCAAGAUCCUGACGUACCCGGAGCGCGUGUUCCCGGCCAACCUCCAGUGGCUCCGACAGCUGGUGAGGAACGGCCCGGACGUUCACCCGGGGGCCAACUACGUCCAGCAACGAGGGGUCAGCCACAAGAAGUACCUCAAGUACGGGAACAGGGACAAGAUUGCGCAGGAGUUGAAGUGCGGUGACACAGUGGAGCGCCAUCUGGUGGACGGAGACGUGGUGCUGUUCAACCGCCAGCCGUCGCUGCACAAGCUGUCCAUCAUGUGUCACAGGGCGAGAGUACAGCCGCAGAGGACGUUCCGCUUCAACGAGUGCGUCUGCACUCCUUACAACGCCGACUUCGACGGAGACGAGAUGAACAUGCACCUGCCGCAGACGGAGGAGGCGCGGGCCGAGGCGCUCAUACUCAUGGGGAACAAGUCUAACCUGGUGACUCCUCGGAACGGCGAGCUCCUGAUCGCUGCGACCCAGGACUUUAUAACGGGCGGGUACCUCAUCACUCAGCGGGACAGUUUCUUCACGCUGCCGGAAGCCCGCCAGCUGGUCGCGUGUCUGCUGGCGGGGCCCGACUCCACCAUGAGGGUGGACAUGCCGCCGCCAGCCAUCCUCAAGCCGAGGAUGCUUUGGACCGGCAAACAGAUAUUCAGUCUGAUAAUGAAGCCCAACAAGCGGUGUGAGGUGAAAGCCAACUUGGAAACGAAGGGCAAGAACUAUACCGGCAACCAGGACAUGUGCGUUCAGGAUUCAUAUGUCAUAAUUCGUAACUCGGAGCUGAUCUGCGGUUCCAUGGACAAGAGCACCCUCGGAUCUGGCACCAAGAACUCCGUGUUCUACAUUCUGUUGAGGGACUGGGGCGAGGAGUACGCCGUCAGGGGCAUGUGGAGGCUGGCGCGUAUGGCCUCCUACUACAUGAUGAACCGCGGGUUCAGCUUCGGCAUCAUCGACGUGACGCCCGGCAACAAACUCAUUGAGGCCAAGAACAAGCUGCUGGAGUCAGGGUACUCUAAGUGCGACGGAUAUAUCCUGGAGAUGGAGAAAGGAACCCUGCAGUGUCAACCUGGCUGUUCCAUGGAGGAGACCCUAGAGGCGAUCAUGCUCAGCGAGCUCAGCAGCAUUAGAGAACUGGCCGCCAAGGCUUGUUUCCGCGAGCUGCAUCCAACGAACGCCCCGCUCAUCAUGGCUCAGAGCGGAUCCAAGGGUUCCAACAUCAACAUAUCUCAGAUGAUAGCGUGCGUGGGCCAGCAGGCGCUGAACGGGAAACGUGUGCCGAACGGCUUCGAAGAUCGCUCCUUACCACACUUCGAGAGACACUCAAAAAUCCCUGCCGCUCGCGGGUUCGUGGAGAACAGCUUCUAUUCAGGGUUGACCCCCACCGAGUUUUUCUUCCACACGAUGGGCGGAAGAGAGGGUCUCGUGGACACAGCCGUCAAGACGGCCGAGACAGGAUACUUACAGAGAAGACUGGUUAAGUCGCUGGAGGACCUAGUGCUCCACUACGACAUGACAGUCCGCAACGCUACCAGCGAGGUGGUUCAGUUCCGCUACGGCAGCGACGGCCUCGACCCCAGCUACAUGGAGGGCCGCGACAGACCCGUCGACCUGACGCGCGUACUGCGACACGUUCGGGCCAGCUGUCGCACGCAAGACGAGGAGCCUCUGGACGGUGAGGGCAUCGUGGUGGCGGCGGAGGAGACGCUCGCUCUGGACGACUUCAAGACCUGUCCGCCGGAGUUCAAGGCGGAACUGCUUGAGUUCCUGAAGGGCACGGCGGCCAAAGUGCGGUCUCUCCGCGAGCGAUACGCGUCAGCCGGUCCCGUGGCCUUACAGCUGGAGCGACUGACCCUCACGCAGCUGGUGCGGUUCAUCAGAGUGUGUCACGAGAAGUAUCAGAGGAGCAUCAUCGAACCAGGCACGGCCGUGGGGGCUCUGGCCGCGCAGAGUAUCGGCGAGCCGGGCACCCAGAUGACAUUGAAGACCUUCCACUUCGCUGGCGUCGCCUCCAUGAACAUAACGCAGGGUGUGCCGCGUGUCAAGGAGAUCAUUAACGCGUCAAAGAACAUAUCCACCCCCAUCAUCACGGCCGAGCUCAUGGAGCCCACCGACCAGGAGUUCGCCAGGAGGGUCAAAGGAAGAGUCGAGAAAACUACCCUCGGAGAGAUAACGACGUACAUAGACGAGGUGUACCUCCCGCACGAGUGUUUCCUGCUGGUGAGGCUGGAUGCUGAGAGAAUAAGACUGCUGUGUCUCGAGGUGGACGUGCACUCCAUCGUGUACUCAAUCUGCACGUCGAAGCUGAAGCUGAAGCCGGGGAACGUCCAGGCCGUGUCUGAGUGGGCCAUCAAGGUACAUGCGGAGGCGAGCAAGCACGGGGGGUGGCUGAACGUGGCGCUGCAGCAGCUCGCCAGGCAGCUGCCCUCCGUGGUCGUGAAAGGACUCAGUAAGGUCUCCCGAGCUGUCAUAGCGUGUGACGACACGGGACCCGUUAAUAGGUACAAGUUAUGCGUGGAGGGGGACGGUCUCCGGGAGGUGAUGGCCACGUACGGCAUCGACGGCCGACGGACCACCUCCAACAACAUCCUGGAGGUGUUCCACACGCUGGGUAUAGAGGCGGCGGCCGGCACCAUCAUGAGCGAGGUGGAGGCGGUCAUGGCGGGCCACGGCAUGGCGGUGGACGGCCGCCACGUGGCGCUGCUGGCGGCGCAGAUGUGUGCGCGGGGGGAGGUGCUGGGGAUCACCAGGUACGGACUCGCCCGGAUGAAGGAGUCCGUGCUCAAUCUGGCCAGUUUUGAGAAGACAGCCGACCAUUUGUUUGACGCGGCGUACUACGGCCAGAGGGAUCGUAUAGAGGGAGUCUCGGAGUGCAUCAUCCUCGGUGUCCCGGCCGGCAUCGGCACUGGAGUGCUGCAGCUGCUGCACAAACAUGACCACACGACGUCGCAGCAACAGCACAAGCUGCUGUUCGACGAUCCCAAAUAUCAUUGCUCAAUAUGGGAAUAAAGAUGCCAAUUAUAGAGUGAAGAGAUCGAUGUUAGCCUGGAAACCGACAUAACACUCCAGACACGUAGGAGGGGUCUGGGAGAGUUUACCCGCCUCCGACUAAAAUGUUAAUAAAACUUUUUUUUACUGAAAAAAUCUAUUUCCACAAACUGUACCCUCAGCUGCAUGAUUAAGCUCAAUUUCUUCUUAAGGAAAUUUUAUACAUCAUCAAUACGUUAUGAGUGAUUAAAGAUUUCUACCGAAAUGAGAUUUGGCUAAUACCUCCCGCCUGGAUGGGACCUUAUAUGUAUGUGGUCACUAAAUAAAAUUACACAUCAUUAUCAUCA